AAAAAGCCAGGGACAUGAUUUAGAUUUUCAAAAGGGACCUGCCAAGACUCUGGCUGAGAAAGUCUACAUCAGGUCUGCCCCUUUGCUCUAGCCUGCUCCUCCUGCUGCUGUUCAAAAGCCUGCUCACUGUUUUGCAUCUUCUUGGUUGGUCCUAAUAAAAGUGGCAGCAUGGAGGACGAUUUUGCUUGCCAAGUCAAGAAGAUGGCCUUGGCCAUGGGAGCAUCCCUGACAGACAAGGAUCUUGACCUGCUGCCUCCAGAAAUGCGGCAUCAUGCUUCAUUCAACUAUGCCAAAUUCUUCGAGUAUAUGCAGAAGUUUCUGACAUCAGAUGAGCGGGAAGUGCACUUGAAAAAGGCUUUCCAGUUGCUCGACAAGGAUGGCAGUGGCUUCAUCGAAUGGAAUGAAAUCAAGUACAUCUUAUCCACAGUGCCCAGCAACAUGCCCGUAGUGCCCUUAUCAGAUGAAGAGGCUGAAGCCAUCAUCCAAGCAGCUGAUACAGACGGAGACGGGCGGAUCGAUUUCCAAGAGUUUUCUGACCUGAUCACAAAGGAGAAGGUUCCGAAGAAAAAAUAGAAGAGGAGCAGAUGAGCCUCUUUCAACUUUCCCUACUCAGAGUGUUGUGCAGGGUGGGGGUGUUGGAGCUUGCCUAUCUAUCUGUUCUUUUUGAAAGACCCCCUCCAUAUUACUUUGCAGGAUGGGAGGGAGGAAAUUUGCAGCUGAGCCAGGCCUUGCCAAGAUGAAUUCGCAGUGCACAGAGUCAGGGUUUCCCCCUUGAGGACAGGAAGAUUUCAGAGUGAGUCAGUGCUGCUCUCUCUGUGCUUCCCUCCUCACCGGGGAGACAGUCCAUUACAAAAUUCCUCAUAUCCUUGAAAUAUUUCUCUGAGGUUUUAUAUAUAUAAUAUUUCCCAGUCUUAUUAUCUGGCCCAGCAUGCACUUCAACAGUAGAAGACUCCACUGAGUAAAAUCUCACUCUCCAAAUCCUUAGGAAAAUAGUUACCAGAGGCUCCAGCUCCCUUUGGCUUUGUGGCAACCCACUCCUCAGCCCUUGCCCAUCAG